AUGUCUACCGCUGAGCUCGCCUGCUCCUACGCCGCUCUCAUCCUGGCCGAUGAGGGCAUUGAUGUCACCGCCGACAAGCUCCAGACUCUCAUCGGUGCCGCCAAGGUUCCUGAGAUCGAGCCCAUCUGGACCUCCAUCUUCGCCAAGGCUCUUGAGGGCAAGGACAUCAAGGAGCUCCUGACCAACGUCGGCUCCGCUGGCCCCGCCGCUCCCGCCGGUGCCGCUGCCGGUGGUGCUGCUGCCCCCGCUGAGGCUGCCGCCGAGGAGAAGAAGGAGGAGGAGAAGGAGGAGUCCGAUGAGGACAUGGGCUUCGGUCUGUUCGACUAA